ACCAUUCGCUGAAUUCAUUUCUUAUCCUAUCCUAGAAUCCAUACCCUCUGCGGAGUGUCAUGCAUCCUCACUUUUGUUGGGUACUAAGUAACAUCUCUUCCGUUGAGAAUGGCUGAGUGUCUAUUGCGCCGGCGGGGCGCCUUAUCACCAUCGCUUGCGUCCCUGUCCCGGAUCGCUGUCCGACCACACCUUCGGCGACAUAGCACGAAUGCGACAGCAGCGACGGCUCAACCGAACGAUGAGAUCCGGUCACCGCAUGCUUACCCUGCUACUCCUUCUCCGGAAAAACCCUCGCCCUCGAGAUGGUCUGCCCUGCGAUCUGCGAAACCGUUUUCCGAGUUCCUGACAGACACAUUCAACCGCCAGCAUGAUUAUCUGCGGAUAAGCGUUACGGAGCGAUGCAAUCUACGGUGCCUCUAUUGUAUGCCCGAGGAGGGUAUAGAACUCUCUCCUCAGCCUCGUCUUCUUACAUCGCCGGAGAUUGUCUACCUCUCGUCGCUUUUCGUCUCGCAGGGCGUGACCAAGAUCCGAUUGACGGGCGGGGAACCAACGGUCCGGAAAGACAUCGUCCCUUUGAUGCAAUCGAUUGGAAACUUACGACCUAAUGGAUUACGGGAGCUGUGCUUGACGACAAACGGGAUUUCACUUCAUCGGAAACUCGAUCCUAUGGUUGAGGCGGGGUUGACAGGGAUAAACCUCAGUCUAGAUACACUCAACCCGUUCCAAUACCAGAUUAUGACCAGACGAAAGGGGUUUGAUGCCGUGCUGAAAAGCAUUAAUCGGGUCUUGGAGAUGAACAAAAUGGGCGCAGGGAUAAAGCUGAAGAUCAACUGCGUUGUAAUGCGGGGUCUCAAUGACCGGGAGAUUGUCCCGUUCGUUGAAAUGGGACGUGACAAUCCCAUUGAAAUCCGGUUUAUCGAGUAUAUGCCGUUCGAUGGCAACAAGUGGAAUGAAGGAAAGAUGUUCUCUUAUCAGGAGAUGCUAGCGGUCAUCCGGGAGAAAUACCCUAAUCUGGAAAAGAUGGCUGAUCAUAAGAACGACACGAGCAAGACAUAUCAAGUACCUGGCUUCCAGGGCCGGGUUGGAUUCAUUACCAGCAUGACCCAUAACUUCUGUGGAACCUGCAACCGGCUGCGCAUCACCAGCGAUGGGAAUCUGAAGGUGUGUCUAUUUGGGAACUCUGAGGUCUCCUUGCGUGACGUUGUUCGGAAGGCGAACGAUGGCGAACCGAUCGAUGAAGCAGCAUUAGAAGAGCUGCAGUUACUCAACACCGUGCAGACAGCGGCACGAGCCAGCGAUAGUGGUAACCUUGUCAAUCCUCGAGAACGCGAACUCCUCGACAUCAUCGGUAUGGCAGUGAAACGCAAGAAGGCGAAGCAUGCUGGCAUAGGAGAGCUGGAGAAUAUGAAGAACCGGCCCAUGAUACUUAUUGGUGGGUAGGCGUAUCCUUUUCAUCCUUUAUAUAUACAUGCAUUGAUAUAUACAUGCAUUUGGGGAAUGUUAUGAAUCAUGACUACAUGCAAACAUUUGCUGUGAUUUUGUUUUAUUUGCAGUACAAGCGGGACGUCCAGCUUUGACUUGUAUAUACCACAUUGUUUUGUUGGAUAAGGCUGAUGGAGGAUAUUAGACAAUAAAUCGACAAGGUCUCGGAUUCAAUUGGCAACAUCUUCGAGGAAUAACCCAUGGUCACAUAUCCCAGC